CUCUCGGGAGGCUGGAUUAGCCACAAGUUGUGGUGAACCAGGGUAAAAUCGGUGUGCCUCUUUCUUUUCUCUUUACUUCUCGCUUAUUCAUUUUUAUUCCUGCGAUUUCUUGAUCAAACGCUAUUCACCCCCCCUCUAGCGUUGGUCUAUUAUUCUAACAAUUGGUAUCAAAGCCUAACUCGCGUCCAAACUUAACCGUUUGAGAGUAAAGCGAUCAUGGGCUCUUCUUCUAGAAAUCUCUAUGCAGGAAUUGGAGAAGGACAAUCAACCUCUAGGCCACCACUCUUUGAUGGCACCAACUACUCUUAUUGGAAGGAACGGAUGAGAAUCUAUAUUCGUUCCACCAACUUCCAAUUGUGGUUGGUGAUCAAAAAUGGCGAAAAAAUCCCUAUGAAGAAAGUGGGAGAAACCACGGUCCCAAAGACCAAAGACGAAUUUGAUGCCGAAGACAUCAAGAAGAUCGAAAACUAUGCAAAGGCCAUCAAUAUGCUAUAUUGCGCGGUCAACCCCGAUGACUACCGAAAGAUCUCCUGUUGCACAACCGCCAAGGAGAUGUGGGACAAGCUUGAAGUGACGUACGAAGGUACCGAUCAAGUUCGCGAAGCAAAGAUCGACUUUCUCACCCAAGAGUACGAAAUGUUCCGGAUGAAAGAAGGUGAGAAAAUUGAUGACAUGUUCGACCGGUUCUCAAAGAUAAUCAGCGAUCUUCAUGCCCUCAAAAAGACCUACACCAACAACGAUCUUGUGAGGAAAAUCCUGCGGAGUCUCACACCCGAAUGGAGGUCAAAAGCCGAUGCAAUCUACGAAUCCAUCGGAGUCUCCAACGUCACCAUCGACGGGCUAAGAGGUAAUCUUAAAACCUAUGAAUCUACUAUUCUAACCCCGUCUUUGGAUGAACAAAAGAAAAAGGGGAUAGCUCUCAAAGCCACCAAGGAGCCGGUGGAAGAGGCUUCAAGCGAUGACGACAAUGAAUUCAGGCUCGUCAUCAAGAAGUUUCACAAGUUCAUGAAGAAGGAAUUUGAGCGGAAGGGAAGGAAGCACGACGGUCCUCCCAAGUGCUACGGCUGUGGCGAGAUUGGCCACAUCAAGCCAAGGUGUCCAAAGGCCAAACACGGCAAGGACAAGUCUGGCUUCAAGAAGCAAAGGGCCUACAUCUCUUGGGGUGGCGAUUCCGG